UUCAACAUUUUACACUGAAGUUUCAGCACCUAAAUGUUUCGACUUCCGGUUCACUUGACGCCACCUUUUUGUACCCAUCUGGGCCUUGCUGUGCUUUCGUGUCCCCUACUCACCAUAUCAAACGAGCUGCUUCAAAGCAUUCUCAUCGGAUGCGACAAAUUACUACUGACUGAAGGCCAACGCAAUCCAAAACAUCAAGUCAAAGAGUGGAGAUGUGGAAAAUUUGGAGAGGAAAUCCAGGUCACGACGAAUAACUGAAAAACAAAAGAAAAUGAAGUGUCCCACAGGCGUCUCUGUUGAAGAUCUUCACCCUGAAAAGCAUAAUCCCCUCCACUUUAAACAGGAGUCAGAGAUGCUGUGUAUCAAACAAGAGACAGAGCCAGAGACCCCUGACAUGAAAGAAGAAGACCAGGAAAUUGAAAUCCCCAAGUUUCCAAUGGGUGUCAGCGUGAAGAGCGAAAAAGAUGAAGGUCCAAGCGAAGAGAGCGGAGCAGUAAACCCUCCGAGCGACAGCUCAUUUCAACACGUGGCAAAAAAAGGGGAGGGAAGAUCGCAACCGGACAGCCUCUUUGCUCCGCUUUCGGACAGCGACGACAUAACGUCACAUUCUUCUGACUUUAAUACUGAUGGGGAGGAUGAUGACUUUGACCAAAGUGCUUCAAAAUCCUUAAACAAGUCAUCAAUGAAAAGAGACACAAAGGAAUGCACAGUUGGGAAACCUUUCAACUGCACACUUUGUGACAAAAGAUUUACUCGGAAUUCUACUUUAAAUAGACAUAAGCGUACACACACUGGAGAAAAGCCCUUUGCGUGCACGCUUUGUGAAAGAAAAUUCUUUACAAAGUCAAAUUUAGACAUUCACACAAGAACACACACCGGAGAGAAGCCUUUCGCCUGCACACUUUGCGAUCGAAGAUUUUCUCAAAAGAUUAAUUUAGAACAGCAUCAGUAUACACACACCGGAGAAAAGCCUUUUGCCUGCUCACUUUGUGGUGAAAGAUUCGCUCAGAAAAGAAAUUUAGUAACGCACACAAGCAGACACACUGGAGUGAAGCCUUUUGCCUGUACAUCUUGCGGUAAACGAUUCACCCAUAAGAGGAGUUUAAACAAACACACACGAAAACACACGGAAGAGAAACCUUUUGCAUGCACACUUUGUGAUGAAAGAUUUUACCAGAAGCCUCAUCUAGAAAAGCAUACGCGUAUACACACUGGAGAAAAACCUUUUGCCUGCACAUCUUGCGGUAAACAAUUCACCCAUAAGGGAAAUUUAAACAAACACACACGCAAACACACUGGAGAAAAGCCUUUCGCUUGCACACUUUGUGGUAAAAAAUUCGCUCACAAAAAAAAUUUAGUCUCGCACACAAGAAGACAUACUGGAGAGAAGCCUUUUGCUUGCAGAGUUUAUGGUGAAAGAUUCGAUCACAAAAAAAAUGUAGUCAUGCACGCAAGAAGACACACUGGAGAGAAGCCUUUCGCCUGCACACUUUGUGGCAAAAGAUUUUCUGAGAGGGCUUAUUUAGAAAAGCAUAAGCGUACACACAUUGGAGGGAAGCCUUUCGCCUGCACACUCUGUGGUAAAAAAUUCGCUCAGAAGACUUAUUUAGAAAAGCACAAGCGUAUACACACUGAAGAGAAGCCUUUUGCCUGCACACUUUGUGGUAAAGGAUUUACUCAGAAGGGACAUUUCGUAGUGCACACGAGAAACCACGCUGGAGAGAAGCCUUUUGCCUGCACACUUUGUGGUAAAAGAUUCGUGGAUAAGGGAGGUUUAAACAAACACACGAGCAGACACACUGGAGAGAAACCUUUCGGCUGCACAAUUUGUGAUAAAAGAUUUCAACAGAAGGCUGAUUUAGAAACGCAUAAGCGUACACACACUGGAGAAAAGCCUUUUGCCUGCUUACUUUGUGGUAAACGAUUCACAAAUAGGGGAAAUUUAAGCAAACACACAAAAAGACACACCGGAGAGAAGCCUUUCGCCUGCACACUUUGUGACAAAACAUUUUCUCAAAAGACUGAUUUAAAAACGCAUAAGCGUACACACACUGGAGAAAAGCCUUUUGCCUGCAUAUGUUGUGGUAAACGAUUCACCCAUCAGGGAAGUUUAAGCAAACACACACGCAUACACACUGGAGAGAAGCCUUUCCCCUGCACACUUUGCGAUAAAAGAUUUUAUCAGAAGGUUGAUUUAGAAACGCAUACGCGUACGCACACUGGAGAAAAGCCUUUUGCCUGCUCAUGUUGUGGUAAAAGAUUCGCUCAGAAAGGAAAUUUAGUAGCGCACUCAAGAGUCCACACUGGGUAAAAACCUUUGAAUUGCAGCGGGUGACAAAAUAUUCUGAUUCCUGCUGAAAAAGCAUUUUCUUCUCUUGCACCCCUCUUUAAAAUAAACUGCUGUAUUUUAAGCCAAAACAACUGUUGCCGUUUGGAUUGCUUAUUAUGGGAUAAUAUUGAUGUAUUAGAUACCUUAGAUCAGGGGUGUCCAAACUUUUUGCAAAGGGGGCCAGAUUUGGUGUUGUAAAAAUGUGGGGGGCCGACAUUGGCUGACGUCCUUUACGUAGAACAAUAUAUUUAAGCAAAUUUUAGCAAGCCAUUCUGUGCGUCACAUUUGCUUUAUUAUUUUUUUAAAUUUAUAAUUUUAAGAAUUUCACAAAUAGCCUUUGUGGCGUUCUCUUUCGACUCUCGGGCUCUUGCGAAAUACUACUGUGAAAUAAACUGGCUUCAAGUUGCUUCAAUUUCUCACAACGUAUCUUCCCUGUAAUUUUGUCGGUCCAUGUCAGCGUGUCUUGUUUGGUAAUAUCGCCUCACAUUGAACUCUUUAAAAACAGUGACUGACUCUUUGCAAAUGAGGCGGACACAGUUGUUCCGUAUUUUUGUGAAGAAAUAGUCCAAUUUCCACCUAUCCUUGAAGCGUCGGCCGUCACACUCGUUUUUUUUGUUUUUGUUGAAUGUUGUCAUUUUAGAAAAUUGGGAGUAAAGUGUCACAUGGGUAAUGUUGGUUAGAGUGCUGCUGCCUUUUAGUGGGUAAAUGAGGAGCAGCAUUUAGUGUGUAAGCUACUUCGUAUGCUGGUAGCAGUACUGCUGACCAAUUUAUUAAGUCUGUGUGCGGGCCAGACGUUAUAAAUUUGACCACGGGCCGCAUUUGGCCCCCGGGCCGGACUUUGGACAUGACUGCCUUCGAUGCUUAAAUCAUAAAGCCAAGGUCCUAGGCUUCAAUGCUAAAUACAAUAAAUAGUGUUAUGGACUCACAUUUAUAUGUUCCCUUUAAUUUAAAUUAGAAUAUUAUUUUAUUGGUUAACCCCUUUUUUCUUUGCACAGAUUAAAAUCAAGCCAAAUCAAACAUGUGUGCAGUAGAGUUAUCAUUAACUACAGGGUGACCCAAAAAAAAGUUAACACUCAGUUGACUGCUUGUUUAAAAGCCAUUGAAACAUAUCUAAAUAGGUUGUCAUGCUUAAGUGAUUCAUUAAGGUCACUCAAUGCAGCUGGUAAUCUCUUGUCUCUACAAUUCCUGUGCUUCUGCUGAAAAUGAAGAAAACUUUAGCUGUACCUGAAUUGCUGCGUGCCGGUCUGACACCUACUGAGAUUGCAGCAAAUCUGAGAAUAUCCAGAUGUGCAGUCUACAAAGUUAAAAAGAAGCUAAAAGAGACUGGAACAGCCUCACGAAAACCUGGGUCUGGAAGUGCCGAUCCGACCAAAAAGUUGAUUGACAAGGUGAUGAUAUGCCACCCCAGAGUCCAGAUCUCAAUCCCCUGGAUUAUAGCAUAUGGGUAACUGUGGAGGACAGUGCCUGUAAGAAGCCACAAACUUCUGUGGCAGCCUUGGAGAGGUCCAUUGUUAGAUCUUGGGAAAAGAUGACAGCAUCCUACAUAAAGAAGACCUGUCAAGCGUUCUGCAGGCACCUGGAGGCUUUUGUGACACUUAAGGGAGGACACAUUGAAAAAUAGAGUGUACUGUACAUGUUCUUUACAAUAAUGUAUAAUUUGUGAUUAAAUUCUAAUUCUAAGCUGAAUAAACAUUGCAUUUAAAUUGUAUUAUGGCACUGUAAACUUUUUUUGGGGUCACCCUGUAUACAGUUAACUCCCUGUUUAGCCAUGUUUAUUUACAAAAUAAAACAGGGCUAUGAAGGAGACGGUACUUUUUCUCGUAGUUACAGUCGAACUGUUUGUAUUAUUCUAAUAUACUCAAUAUAAUAAAGCUUAGUCAUAAUCCUAGUUUAGGGAAACAAGCAGACUAUAUUUUGAUGCGUGGAAGGCGGAAUGAAUGUGGGGGGUGAAUGAUUAACAGGUAGAGGACAAACUCACCCUGACCAGAGAAGAUGGACAUCAAGAAU